AUGGCUGUGAUUCUUGUUCAUUUCAUCCACGCGUGGAAGACGCUUCUCUACUCAUACCUCGCUCUCGCUGUGACCUACUAUCAUAAAGCCCUGGGCCGGACGGCGGUUGGACCAGCUCAUGGUUCUCUCACAGUCACGGACAACCGAACCAAGCGAACCUACCAUCUUCCAAUUGCCCAUAAUGCUGUUCGAGCUCUGGACUUCCGGCAGAUCACGGCGGCUCAACCAGGGGCUGACUUUGUUGAUUAUGUGGACAGCGGGCUGCGGAUUAUCGACAAGGGGUACCUGAACACUGCAUGCAUGGAAUCCUCCAUCACCCUCAUCGAUGGCAAGCGAGGCUACAUUCAGUACCGCAACCACUCCAUUGAAGAUCUCUUCGAACACAAUGACUAUGAAGAGGUCAUUCAUCUUCUUAUCUGGGGAAAACUUCCCACUGCCACGCAGAAGCAGACAUUGCGUCAGAAGUUAGCCAUGGAAAUGAAGCCCCAUCAGUGUGUUAUAGACGUGAUUCAGGCAUUUCCGCCCGACUCGCUGACCUUCCCCAUGAUUCUGGCCGCUCUCUCUGCCUACGCCUCGGUGGAUGAAGGCACAAGAGCCACCCACUCCAAAGGCGAGCCACAAUACCUGGGAAGACCGCAAGCAGUCGACAAGGCCGUGAUUCGGACCCUCGCGAUCUUCGCCACAACAGUGGCCUUGGUGUACUGCCACAAGCGUGGGCGAGCAUUCCAGCCCCCACACCCGGAGGGAUCGUUUAUUGGCAAUGUGCUGCUAAUGAUGGGGGUAGUUGAGCCGAAUAGGCAAAAGCAGCCCCCAAAGCCCAACCGAAAGAUCGAAGCGUGCUUCCAGCGGCUGUGGAUCCUAUACGCGGACCACGAAAUGACCAAUUCGACGGCGGCGUUCCUGCAUGCAGCAUCCACGUUAACAGACCCGCUGUCGUGCUGCGUGACAGGGAUUGUUUCGGCGUACGGACCACUGCACGGCGGGGCCAUCGACAUUGCUUACCAAGAAUUCGAGAAGGUGGGAAUUCCGGCCAACGUGCCAACUCUGAUUGCGGCCGUCAAGGCCAAGAAACAGCGGCUCUUCGGGUACGGACAUCGAAUUUACAAGGUGGUCGAUCCACGCACCAAGUUCAUCCGGCGACUGAUGGACGAGCACAAAGACCAAUUGCGGGCUAAUCCCCUUCUUCAAGUGGCUUUGGAGAUUGACCGAGUGGCGUCCGAAGAUGCUUACUUCACCUCACGCAACUUGAAGGCGAAUGCAGAUUUGUACGGCUGCUUUCUGUAUACUGCAUUGGGAUUUGAGACGGAUAUUAUCGUUGCUCUGGCGAGUCUUUCUCGCACUCCGGGGGUGUUGGCGCAUUGGCGCGAGGCAAUGGGUCAGACUCCGAUGUUGUGGCGGCCGCAACAAAUUUUCACUGGGACUGUCGAGCCAGCUGAAUCAAAGUAG